AGAGGUAGAAUUUGUCAAUAUUUCAUGCAUUUGUGUUUACUCAAUCGAACUUCAGAUUACUAGUUUUCAGUGGCCGUGUUCCACAUAGUUUUUGGAGUGGAUUUAACAUCCGCCUACAGCAUUCUAUUCGAUAUUAUAUUGAACUAUCUGACCACUAUGGGAAGCUUCUUUUCACAUCCUGCCGGAGCGGAAGUGCUCAAGAAGAAUCAAGAGUACAUCUCCGAGAUGAAUAAGAUCAAGAUGGAACGCUGGAUACAGAUGCAUUAUCAGAUGAAGAGCCGCGAAACGGCCAUGCAGAUUUCCAAAGCCAGGGAACUGUUUUAUUGGCUUGCAUCGUUCUAUGGCGUAUCGACGCUUGGUCUAGUGAGCCGCUUUCGGCUAACGAAACGACCGGGCACGCUAGCUCCGAUCGUACCGCUAUCCUUCAUCGUGGCCUACUAUGCGGAUCUUGCGUACGGUACCAAGAUACAUCGAAUACAAGCUGAAGCCGAGAUGAUUAUGCACAAUGAACCCGAGCUGUUAGAGUGGCCAAGCGGUUUACCGACGGUAUCGGAGAUCGAUUCCGCCAGGUUGGAAAUUGAUGACAAAAUUCGGCUACAUCCACAUCAACUUUAAUUGAUGAUUCAUAAUUACGCCUCAACCGGGAAACAGUAUUAGGCAGUAAUGGUUAAAGAGCGCGAAAUGCUCUCUGAUGGAUCCCUAUCUCGGCCAUCCUAACAGGGUGAAAGUAGAUGCUAGUGCACAUGUAACGGUAAUGAGUGAGAUUGCACUAGAUUGGUUUUAAUAGUUUUAAAUGUUUACCUGCACAAACACUAAGCACGGUUAAAGGAUCGAGUUUUAACAACCAAGACAGACUGAAACGUGAAAAUCAGUACAUGGAUCCUGAAAUCAGGAGUUAAAGACACUCCGAUACAGUUAUGUUUACUGCCAAGCCCAUGGUUUCAUAUAAAGCAACUCGGCGUAGUAAGCGUUUGAUGAAAUUUCAUCGGGAACGAUAGUUGCACAGCAGGGAUAGGAAUAAUCCAAGCAUUUCGAUUUUCCGAUUCUUCUCAUCUGUCUUUCGACAGCAAUUUCUCUUCUUCAGAAACUCUUGAUGUCUUCAUUCCGUUACUUCGUGUUUGUUAUCUUUCUCCUUCUCACUCAUAGUUAUCAUUCAAAAACGUAUGAGGCUUUAAAAUAAACGUUUCACAAUAAGCUCGCUCCAACUUUGCAUCUAAAUAAGAUUACGGCAAUGAUGAUUGGCAACGGAUAACGAUAACAAUAAUCGAAAAGUGCAUUUACUCUCUUAAUGUCGAGACACAAAUACACAAGUUUCAUGAGACGCACAGUGAAGCGUAACAACGAAAGAUAACAGUUUGCCUUUAAAGAAAAAUCCUGGAAAAAAUAUCCGCUCAUCGCACGAGCGGACAUAUGUUCGUCGAAAGGAACGCACAUGCCCCAAAGGGUAUCAAUAAGGGGUCCGUCGCAUAUGUAAUAAUAGUGUCGCGUGUGUUUGAAUUCAUAAAUAAAUGGUUCAAGA